AUGUCCCACGGCCAACAUUUACCCUCUCCCGCACCCACGCCCUUUCCCGGCGCACCACCCGAGGACCCACACAUCCGUGCAACACUCGAGAAGGAACUCCAACGCCUCGCUCAAGACCUGUACGAGAUGGAGGUGUGCGCUGGCGAGGUUGUUGCUGGGAUGGAAGGCCAGGUUGCUGAGCGGAUGGAGAAGGUCAACAGGGCGCUCAUUGAGCUCACGCGUCUCGCGCCGCAGGUCAACGACUCGGUGCCGAAGCAGAUCAUUGAAAACAUCGACAAGGCCAAGAACCCGCACCAGUACACCAAGACUUCGUUAAGUCGCGCGACUGGCGAAAACCAGUAUGCCCUGGGACGGUUACUGGGUCUCGAGUCCUUCCGGCGGCAACUCGAGACGAGCCUGUCCGACGCAUUCCCCGACCUUCCGCUGCCUGAGCGCCUGCACAAACCGCUUGGUGUGGAGAACGGGGACGGCGAGGAGAGCGAGGCGAACGGUGACAGCAAGCCGGCGAUGUAG